AUGCCCACACCCAAAUGGGUCCAUCCAGAAACGGGAGGUUUACCCAGCAAGAAUGUGUUCCUGGGCAGUGACCCAGUGGAGAUCUCCGUCGACUUAUCCUCCCGAGGAUCAGCAGAUCUCAGUGUGAAUGCCAUCGCAGACCCGGCGAGUCGCAGCCGGUCGCACCCGGAGCAGACUUCCGUUUUGUGCCGGCCUGCGGAAACUUUUGCGGGAGGAGAAAUGUCCGAAGAUGAUCCGAAACUUUAUCUGGAAGAAAAUGACCUUUGGAGAGAGUUCCAUAAAUGCGGGACGGAAAUGGUUAUAACGAAAUCCGGGAGGCGCAUGUUUCCGCCGCUCAGAGCAAGGUGCACAUCGAUGGACAGGAAAGCAAAAUACAUCCUUCUCAUGGACAUCGUGGCGGCUGACGACUGCAGGUACAAAUUUCAUAACUCCCGCUGGAUGGUGGCGGGGAAGGCGGACCCGGAGAUGCCCAAACGAAUGUACAUCCACCCGGACAGUCCGGCCACGGGCGACCAGUGGAUGUCCAAAGUGGUCAACUUCCACAAACUGAAACUGACUAACAACAUGUCGGAUAAGCAUGGCUUUACUAUUCUCAACUCGAUGCACAAAUACCAGCCCAGAUUUCACAUAGUGAAGGCAAAUGACAUCGUGAAACUGCCUUACAGCACCUUCCGGACUUAUGUCUUCUCUGAGACUGAAUUCAUCGCAGUGACAGCUUACCAAAACGACAAGAUCACGCAGCUGAAAAUAGACAACAACCCGUUCGCGAAGGGAUUCCGGGACACGGGCAACGGGAGGAGAGAGAAGAGUAGGCAGUAUGCAGUACCUACU